AUGGGAAUAAAAGACUUGGCAAAAGUAAUUGCUGAUCAUUGUCCUAAAGCUUUAAAAACAGCGGAAAUGAAAGCUUAUUUUGGGCGUAAAAUUGCUAUUGAUGCUUCAAUGAGUUUAUAUCAAUUUUUAAUUGCUGUUAGACAAGAUGGAGCUGUUCUUACUUCAGCUGAUGGAGAAACAACUAGCCAUUUAAAUGGAUUAUUUUACCGAACAAUUCGAAUGAUGGAAAAUGGCGUAAAGCCCGUUUAUGUUUUUGAUGGAAAACCUCCAGAACUUAAAUCUGAUGAAUUAGAUAAACGUUCAGAAAAACGUGCUGAAGCAACACAACAAUUAGCGGAAGCAACAGAAAAGGGAGAUACUGAAGCUAUGGAUAAAUAUAAUCGACGUUUAGUUAAGGUAACUAGUGAACACACUGAUGAUUGCAAAAAAUUACUCAAUUUAAUGGGCGUUCCAGUUGUUGAAGCUCCUUGUGAAGCAGAAGCUCAAUGUGCAGAGCUUGUUCGUAAAGGGGUUGUUUAUGCUACUGCAACAGAAGAUAUGGAUGCGUUAACGUUUGGUUCUGAAGUACUUGUUCGACAUAUGACUUUUAGUGAAGCAAAAAAGAUGCCUAUAAAAGAAUUUUCUUUGGAGAAAGUUUUACAAGGUUUGGGCAUAACAUAUGACCAGUUUAUUGAUCUAUGUAUUCUGCUUGGUUGUGAUUAUUGUGGAAAUAUUAAAGGAAUUGGUCCCAAAAAAUCAGUGGAAUUAAUUAAACAAUAUGGAUCUAUUGAGGAAAUUCUUCAAAAUAUUGACCAUAAAAAAUUUCCACCCCCAACAGGAUGGAAGUACAAAGAAGCAAGAAGUCUCUUUUUGCAGCCAAAUGUAGAGGACGGAAAUAAAUUUGAAUUGAAGUGGACAGAACCAAAAGUACAGGAAAUUAUUGAUUAUAUGUGUGGACAAAAAGGAUUUAGUGAGGAUAGAAUCCGUUCUGGCCUUGACCGUUUAAAAAAAAGUCGACGAACUGCCCAACAAGGUCGUAUAGAUGCAUUCUUCGCACCAAUUCCUGUAAAUGUUGAAAAAGUUGAGAAAAACAACAAAGGAAAGAAAGAAAUUGUUGAAGAUAAGAAAGAGCAAAAGCCGGCAAAGAAGCGAAGAAUAAUUAUUGAAGACGAUGAAGAAGAGGAAGAUGAAAAGGUGGAGGAAAAGGAGGAAGAAAAUGAAAACAGUGAAGAGGACGACGACAAAAAUGAUGAGGAGGAUCAAUUAAAAGAUCAACAACAACAAAUUGGGGGCGGAACAGAAAAAACAAAAAAUGCAAAGUCUUCGCUGAAGGUCCUUGCUGCUUCUAAAAACCCAAACAAAAAGGCGAACACUAAAAAGAUGACUAAAAAAUUUAAAGCUCAAAAAAUUAAUUGA